AUGGAGCAGCCUAGGAGGGGAGAGUUUUGUGGGGGCACGGCUCAUAAGGAGGAGGACUUGUGUGGCUCCAGAAGACUUCCAGGUUCCAAGAAUGUGAUGGAUCAAGGAAUAAGGGUGGAACCUACAAAAGAUUUCGGAUAUUUAGCCUCUGGCAGUCACGAGAAUCAUCCCCCUAAGCUCCCCUUCAGAAAAGCAUUUGCAGGUACUUUUUCGAGAGGGGAGAGGAAAGCCCUCACCUUUGGCGGCCCUGUGAUGCCUGCCGUAGAGACCAAUCUGGCUUCCAAGGACAGCCACUGGGUCUUUGUGAAUGAGGAAAUCAGCGACCCAGAGAUCCUGGAUCUGGUGCACAGCGCCCUUGGCAGGAUGACUGUGGUCCGGCAGAUCUUCCCAUCUGCAAAGGACAACCAGAAAUGCAUGAGGAACAACCACCGCAUCUCCUCCCUGCUCUGUGACCCCCAGGAAGGCUACCUCCAGAUGCUGCAGAUCUCCAACCUCUACCUGUAUGACAGUGUCCUGAUGCUGGCCAAUGCCUUCCACCGGAAGCUGGAGGACCGGAAGUGGCAUAGCAUGGCGAGCCUGAACUGUAUACGCAAGUCCACCAAGCCAUGGAAUGGAGGAAGGUCCAUGCUGGACACGAUCAAAAAGGGUCACAUCACUGGCCUCACAGGGGUGAUGGAGUUUCGGGAGGACAGCUCGAAUCCCUACGUCCAGUUUGAAAUCCUCGGCACAACCUAUAGUGAGACCUUUGGCAAAGACAUGCGGAAGUUGGCGACGUGGGACUCAGAGAAAGGUCUGAAUGGCAGCCUGCAAGAGAGGCCCAUGGGCAGCCGCCUCCAAGGACUGACUCUCAAAGUGGUGACUGUCUUGGAAGAGCCUUUCGUGAUGGUGGCUGAGAACAUCCUUGGACAGCCCAAGCGCUACAAAGGGUUCUCCAUAGAUGUCCUGGAUGCAUUGGCCAAAGCUCUGGGCUUCAAAUAUGAGAUUUACCAAGCUCCCGAUGGCAGGUAUGGUCACCAGCUCCAUAACACCUCCUGGAACGGAAUGAUCGGGGAGCUCAUCAGCAAGAGAGCAGACUUGGCCAUCUCUGCCAUCACGAUCACCCCGGAGAGGGAGAGCGUUGUGGACUUCAGCAAGCGGUACAUGGACUAUUCAGUGGGAAUCCUAAUCAAGAAGCCCGAGGAGAAAAUCAGCAUCUUCUCUCUUUUUGCUCCAUUUGAUUUUGCUGUCUGGGCCUGCAUUGCAGCCGCCAUCCCUGUGGUGGGUGUGCUCAUCUUUGUGCUGAAUCGGAUACAGGCCGUGAGGGCUCAAAGUGCUGCCCAGCCCCGACCAUCCGCUUCGGCCACCUUGCACAGUGCCAUCUGGAUAGUCUACGGCGCCUUCGUACAGCAAGGUGGCGAAUCCUCAGUGAACUCCAUGGCCAUGCGCAUCGUGAUGGGCAGCUGGUGGCUCUUCACCCUCAUCGUGUGCUCCUCCUACACGGCGAAUCUUGCUGCAUUCCUCACCGUGUCCAGGAUGGACAACCCCAUAAGGACAUUCCAGGACCUCUCCAAACAAGUUGAUAUGUCUUACGGUACCGUCCGGGAUUCUGCUGUGUAUGAGUACUUCCGAGCCAAGGGCACCAACCCCCUGGAACAAGACAGCACAUUUGCUGAACUCUGGAGGACCAUCAGCAAGAACGGAGGGGCUGACAACUGUGUGUCCAGUCCUUCGGAAGGCAUCAGGAAGGCAAAGAAGGGGAACUACGCCUUUUUAUGGGAUGUGGCAGUGGUGGAGUACGCAGCCCUAACAGAUGAUGACUGCUCUGUGACUGUCAUUGGCAACAGCGUCAGCAGCAAGGGCUACGGGAUCGCCCUGCAGCACGGCAGCCCCUACAGGGACCUCUUCUCCCAGAGGAUCCUGGAGUUGCAGGACACUGGGGACCUGGACGUGCUCAAGCAAAAGUGGUGGCCUCACAUGGGCCGCUGUGAUCUCACCAGCCACGCCAGUGCCCAGGCCGACGGCAAAUCCCUCAAGCUGCACAGCUUCGCUGGGGUCUUCUGCAUCCUGGCCAUCGGCCUCCUCCUGGCCUGCCUGGUGGCCGCCCUGGAGUUGUGGUGGAACAGCAACCGGUGCCACCAGGAGACCCCCAAAGAGGACAAAGAAGUGAAUUUGGAGCAGGUUCACCGGCGCAUGAACAGUCUAAUGGAUGAAGACAUUGCUCACAAGCAGAUUUCCCCAGCGUCCAUUGAGCUUUCGGCCCUGGAGAUGGGGGGCCUGGCUCCCAGCCAAGCCUUGGAGCCGACGCGAGAGUACCAGAACACACAGCUCUCGGUCAGCACUUUUCUGCCAGAGCAAAGCAGCCACGGCCCCAGCCGGACACUCUCGUCAGGGCCUAGCAGCAAUCUGCCGCUGCCCCUCAGCAGCUCGGCCACCAUGCCCUCCAUGCAGUGCAAACACAGGUCGCCCAAUGGGGGGCUAUUCCGCCAGAGCCCGGUGAAGACCCCCAUCCCCAUGUCCUUCCAGCCUGUGCCGGGAGGCGUCCUUCCAGAGGCCUUGGACACCUCCCAUGGCACCUCCAUCUGACCGCGCCGCCUGCCCUCCUGCCCGCCCAUCCACCCACCCGACCAGCAGAGCUUUUUAAUACAAGAAAACAACAACACAAACCACACACACGUGCACACACACACACACACACACACACAAAGACUCUUUCAUUUUUCUUGUACAUAUGUGUAAAUAAUGACAGAAUGGAGUGGGGUAAAAGUGUAUUUUGAAUAUUCCCAAUUUUCGAAGUCAGUAAAAAAAAAACACAAAAACUGUAUGAAUGACUUUGUAAAUUUUGUUCUAUAUGAAUAAAAAGGCAAAUUACUUGUGA